CUAAGAGAAUCAAUCUAAAAAGAGAAAUUACAUUUAACGUAAUUAAAAUUUCAAUUUUCAAACUAUACUAUAGUAUAGUAUAUUUCAAACUAUACAAACAAACUUUAUUAAUUUUUUAAAUAAUUUAUCACUGUGUUAUAUUGAAAGAUAUAGCAUUUUUUUCAUAUCAAAUAAUACCUAACACAAUAUUGAAAUGUUACUAUUCAAUUAAAAAAAAAAAAAAUUUUAAAUGAAUAUUACACAUUGAACUGAAUAGUUGUAUAGUAAUGUAUGGUUUGUGAAAUAUAUAUAUAUAUUUUGUUAAAUAAGAACUUAUUUACUAAUCUUAGUUGUCAAUAUGUCGAGUUCAUAUGAAUAUGUUUGCGGUUGCGGUCGAUCGUUUAUCGAUAAUGACGGAUUAAGAUUGCAUUAUAAAUUGAACCUGGAUCAUCGACAAACGGUUAUUGCUACUGUUGGUUGUCUACAAAAACGACUCUUGUCGACACGUACAAUGAAUGGUAAGGUGACCAAACGUAAUUGUAUGCAUACAGUAGGUUCGGGUUUUAUGCCGAUAGAAACAGCUCUCGGAGGACGUGUAAAACAUUUUUUUUUUAAAAACAAAACGGAAAUUGACGAAAUUGAAAAUUUUAUUCAUUACAUCGGUGCUGAUUUGUUUAAUGUAUUGAAAGAUUCGAGCGAAGUUGGUUUAAUAAAAUUUAACGUUGUUUUGCACACAACUUAUUUACAUCAAGUUAUGGGUGAACUGAGGGACGUCUCAUUUAAAACACGCAACAAAACCAUCGAUUCAGGCACUGAUUACACCGGUGUUUUGAAUAAAAUCAAUAAAAAACUUGCCCAGAAACAAGAAACAAUAGAAACCAGACGGACUACUUUUGAGGGUGACAAAAUUUUCACCGUUGCGUGGUAGUUCGUUCAUUGAUCUUCCAUCGUGUAUUAAACACAAACACGCUAUUAUAAAUGUUCAAAAUAAAACCGACAAUCAAUGUUUUAAAUGGGCGAUUCUAUCGAGAUAUAAUACAAAAAAAAAAAACAAAGAUCAGUGGAAUGCGGGUUAUCUCGAUUUAGAAAAAAAUUCAAAUAUUAAUUUCAUCGGUAUUGAUUAUCCUACUCCAAUUAAACAAAUAAAUAAGUUUGAACGUAACAACCCGUUUUUGUCCAUAAACGUGUUUGCAUUGGACGAUAAAAAUAAUGUUUAUCCAUUGCGUAUUACCAAAUUACGUUCGAACACCGAACACAUCGAUGUACUUUACAUCACAGAGGGUGGCAAUAGCCAUUAUUUCUACAUACAAAAUUUCUCUAGAUUAGUCUCCAAACAACGAAGUGCCGGUCAUUAUCAUGAAAUCUAUUGUAAGCGCUGCCUCAGCGUGUUUACGGACCGAACGCUAUCGUCCCGUCCGAGUGGACAAGCGGGUCUGGAUGAACAUUUGAAAAUGUGUGGUAAGUUUAAGGAAGCGCGAGCUGUCCUACCCCCAGUCGAUUCGGACCAGUCAAUAUUGCGCUUCAAAAAUACGAGACGGGAGGAACCGGUACCGUUAAUAGUUUACGCCGACUUGGAAAGCUUACUUCACCGUGCAGACAAACGAAUAUCGAAAAACUGUGUUGUUAUCCAAAACCACGAGACAAUGAGCAGUUGCUUUUUCGUUGUACACGAUUCCGAUAUAUUACCGGAUAAUAUGUGUGCUGAUUUGCCGAACUAUCCGGUCUUGUAUCGUGGACCGGAUGCAGCAAAAAAAUUCGUCAUGUCAUUGGUAACUAUAGCUAAACGAGUAUCUGAUAUUAUGAAAAUUAACAUUGAAAUGGUGCGGUUGACGGUGGAGGAACAAAACCGUUUCGAUAAUGCUAAAAAUUGUGAAUCGUGUUCGAUAAUGUUUUCGGAUAAGGUCUAUAAAGUCAAAGACCACAACCAUUGGACGGCAAAAUUCCGUGCCGCUUUAUGCAACAACUGCAAUUUACAACGACGUACUCCGGCUUUCAUGCCGGUUAUCUUACACGGUCUUUCCAACUACGACGCACACAUGAUUAUACAAGAAAUGACAUACGACAAAGAAGAUAUAAGUGUAAUAGCUCAGUCCGAAGAAAAAUAUAUUUCAUUCAGUAAAACUAUUAGUGAAUACUUUCAAAUAAGAUUUAUAGAUUCGUACCGGUUCCUACAAGCUAGUCUGUCUAAAAUAACAUCAACAUUGUCGCGUCCGGAUUUCGUGCACACGUUGAACGUGUUUCAAUCGUUGGACUUGGUGACAAGGAAAUCGGUUUUUCCAUAUGAGUACGUGGACUGUUGGGAACGACUUAAUGAAAAACAGCUUCCACCACGCAGUGAGUUUUACAGUUCGAUAACACGGUCUACGGUGUCCGAGGAUGAUUAUGAGCAUGCAAAAAAUAUGUGGCGACAUUUUGGAUGCAAGACCCUUGGCGAAUACAGUGACAAGUAUUUACUUGUCGACGUUAUGGUUCUAGCUGAUGUAUUUGAAAAUUUCCGUAAGGAAAGCUUGAAAAAUUAUAAACUAGACCCUGCACACUACUUUUCAUCUCCGGCCCUUUCGUUUGACGCCAUGUUAAAGUACACAAACGCACACAUUCAGUUGUUAUCGGAUCCAGAUAUGCUGUUAAUGUUUGAACUGGGUAUACGUGGGGGUCUAACACAAACNAACCACCCGGGCUUAGUCGAUUACAAACCCAAUGAAGCACACAAGUAUCUUCAAUAUUUAGACGCUACUAAUUUAUAUGGCACGGCAAUGAUGGAACCCAUUCCGUUUGGCUAUUUUGAGUGGUCGACUGUUACAUUGGAAGAGAUACUCAACACACCCGACGACGGUGAAUACGGUUAUCUUGCAGAGGUCGAUGUAGAUUAUCCCCGAGAACUACACGACUUACACAACGAUUUACCGUUUUUUCCUGUUAACGAAAAACCGCCAUUAACGUCUUCUAAAUGUAGUAAACUGAUGACUACAUUAGAUCCCAAACGUGGUUACAUUGUACAUUACCGAGCUCUAAAACAAGCUGUAAAACAUGGUGUGGUAGUUACCAAAUUGCAUAAAUGUAUCAGAUUUAUGCAAUCUCGUUGGUUGGCUCCUUACAUUCAGCUUAAUACGGAUUUGCGCAAAAAAGCGAUCACCACGUUUGGACAAAACUUACCCAAAACGAUGAUCAACUCAAACUACGGAAAAACUUUGGAGAAUGUUAGAAAACACCAAAAUAUCAAACUCGUAUGUAACCCGGAGAAAUUGUCAAAGUUGACUGCAAAACCGUCGUAUAGCCACAGCACCAUAUUCAAUGAAGAUUUAGUUGCUGUUCACAUGUACAAGGAAAGGAUUAAUUUUUAUAAACCAAUUUUUAUCGGGCAGGCAAUAUUGGAUAUCAGUAAAACUAUAAUGUACAAAUUCCAUUAUGAAGUUAUGUUACCGUUAUAUGGACCGGAAAGGCUCAUGUUAUGUUACAUGGACACCGAUUCUUUUAUCUACCUAAUUUUGACUAAUAGUUUUCACGAUGAUUUGAAAAAUUACCUGCUCGAAUAUUUCAAUACAUCCAAUUAUCCCACCGACCACCCAUGUUACACCGAUAAACGUAAAAAAACAACCGGGUACGUUUACUGACGAAUGCAAGGGCAUGCACAUGCAAGAAAUCAUCGCAUUAUUGCCCAAAGUCUAUGCAUAUUUGACAACUCUGCAAAACUACAGUGAUCAAGUGUUUACGAGAGACGUCGAUGAAGUGAAACGAUUGAAAGGUGUGGGUCAAGGUGUAGUCAAACACGAAAUCAAGAUGGUUGAUUAUUUAAAUUGUUUGCGGGACAGGCUCAAACAAAUACGAAAGAAAAUGUCGUUAAUACGUUCUAAACAUCACCGCGUUUCAACGGUAGAAAUUGAUAAGCUCGCAUUGUCCAACAACUAUGACAAGCGUGCGAUGGUCGGUGACGAAUGUGAAUACAAAGAUGUGUACACAAAAGCGUGGGGACAUUAUUCCCUACAAAACUCGAAUGUCAACGAAUAAUAUUUAUUUAUAUAUCAAUGUAUGAUAACGCAUAAUA